AUGGUUGUCGGAGUGGGACUGUUGGUCAACGCCGUCCUGGUGGCCAUCCCCAUCGGGGGUAGCGUUGGAGCCCUCAUGGGCAUUGAUGCUCACCGUGCUGCAACGGGACAGAAGCCUCUCUUCACGGGAGGCACCGACGAGGAUAGCGGCGGCAUUGGUAAUGGCGGCUCCAACAACGGCGGCAGCGAAACGGUUCCCCACGACAAUGGCAUCUCACGAAUUUCCAAAUGCGAUAUCUCCUACGGAAUUGUCCCUCCCUCGAAGACUGAGCAGUACACACUGAACCCCAACCCUUGGGGUGUGAAGGCUGGCUCACACGACGGCGAAUUGUGUAUGGAUGUUCUCAUGUGGAACAACGCAACGUACCCUACCAACACUGCCCCCGAAUUCUCCGUUACUUGGCAAUACGACCAAGGUCCAAUCACUGCUCCUGUGCACGCCUACUCCAACAUCCGGGUGGAUGAUGUUCUACCAAAGAAGAUGAGCGAUGUGCAAGAACUCUACGUGGACCUCCACUGGACAUACGGCGUGGGCAAGAACAAGACUGCUGAAACCACCGACGUGGACGCCCUGACUGAAAUUAACCUUUCGACCAACGUUGCGAUCGAUAUGUUCUUGGACAGCGAUAAAGACAAGGCUGAGAACGGAACCAAUGCCAAGUUCGAAGUCAUGGUCUGGUUCUGGAUGUCCUCCGUGGCUGCUCAGCCUCACGGUUGGGGCAAACCCGGGAAAAACGUCACCGUCGAGGGACAAGAGUUCACACUGUUCCAAGGCGAGAACGACCAGGGUACUAUGGUCUUGUCUUGGGUUGCAACCCCUUGGAUGACAGAUGCCACGGAGAAGUUCACCGGUGAUAUCUAUCCUCUCAUCGACGAACUUUACAGCAUGUCGGGUGAUGACUACCCUUCUAAGGAUGACUACCUUGGCAGUCUGAGUUUCGGAACGGAGGCCUACGAUGUGAAAGACCAUGUCACAUUCUGGGUCCCCAAGUACGAGAUUUCCAUCAAGACUUGA